AUGGCAUCACAUAACUAUCAUCAAGGACCAUCUGCUCCACCCAUGUAUCCUGAAGUUGGCGGUACUACUCGUCCAAUACCACCCGUUCGGUUGGAAUAUCAACAGAGUGCACAAGACGAAAAUCUUCUACCACCUACACCACCGAUACGUAUGGAUGAUCCUUCAGCUCACCGAACAAUCAAUACUAGAUUAAGAAGGAAUGAUCAGGAGAGAACUACUGGUGAUUUAAACGUUGAAACGACGUGUAACUACAACAGUUAUGCAACGAAGAAGACGAUUGCGAUGAUGUUGUUGCUAUUAGCUAUCAUCACAAGUAAUGCAAUGCAAUUGCGAACUUUGAUUUUACAAAAACAACAUGAUAGAAUUUGGAUUGCAUCGCUGGUGCUUGUUUCCAUGUCGAUUGUAAUUCAGCUUGGCUUGAGCUUUCUGUUAUACUUAUUGAUCAAAAUGGUUCUUAUCGUGGUUAUGAAUGUGGUGAUUAAUAUAUUUAUGUUGACAACAAAUCCAAAGAGUUUUCUGGAUACACGAUCAUUGGAGAUUUUACAACAGGCUCAGACACAAUAA